AGGCCCUCCGCCACGUACUUGGCCAGGUAGUGGCGGAGGAGCCGGUCGUGGGCCUGCGGCACGCCGGGGUGCCUGCCGAGGAUGAAGGCCGAGAUGACUUCCUCCGACGCGCUGCCACGCAGCGCUUCGAUAGCCUCGCCGAUCAUCUGCCAUGACAUGCGUUCUUCAGUUAAUCUCAGAUUGCUAAUAGAUGUACAGCAGAACUGUGUGUAAACCAUGCAAGAUUUGUUGUACCGAGGAAUAAGGUGGGUGAUCGGGCGUGGGCUCCCGGCGAGCCGAAACGGCCGCCGUCUCGGUGGUCGGCGCCAUUGCUGCCUGAGACAUGGCAGAGUGGGCAGGAUCGUUGCGCAAUGUCUAUCUAGCCAAAUUUGAAAAGGACUAGCCGAAAUCAAGGCAGAGAGUAGAUUGGCCUUCUCAUUGGUGCGGUUUGUUUUGUAUCCGACUUGUUCUUCGAUAUGUAUCCCGUCCCGUACCUACCGGAUGAUGCCGAGUUUGAACCGGCAAGGAUUAGUAGUUGUUGAUAAGAAGCCGGCAUAUAUUGAGAUCGGAUAUGCGAAGUCCUGUUACGAUUUAUUUAGUUUUCUUAGUUGUAGUACAGGACUAAGGUUGUAUUAUACGAAUACAUACGAGUCUUUUGUUGAUCGUGGCUAGUUUAAUUUUAAUCGAUUCAGGAGAGCAAAAGCUAGCCGCCAUGGAGGCCGCGCCGCCGGCGAUGCCAGAGCUGGCCGACGAUACCACCAGCAUCCCCUCUUCCCGGGGCGAGGGAGACCAGAGCCAUCAUCCUCGCACCCUCAUCCGUGCAAUCGUGGGCGCCAUCGACGCGCACGAUAAGAAGCGCGUCGUGGUGGGCGGCUGGGUGAGGACGGGCCGCAGGUCGUCGAGCCUCUUGGCCUUCCUGGAACUCAACGACGGCUCCUGCCAGCAGAACCUCCAGGCCGUGGUGAAGGGCCAGGUGUACGGCGACCUCCGGCGCCUCACGCCGACGGGGACGUCCGUGCUCUUGGAGGGCGUUCUAGAGAAACUCGACGGAGCCAAACACAAGCAGCUGAUCGAGCUGCAGGUGGAGAGGGUGAUCGACGUCGGCGAGGUGGACGCCAGGGUGUACCCGCUGCCCAAGACCAAGCACACGCUCGAGGGCCUCAGGGACAUUCCCCACCUCCGCCCACGCACAGACACGAUAGCUGCAGUUGCUAGGAUCAGGAGUGAGCUCGCCUUCGCAACACAUAGUUUCUUCAGGGGUGAAGGUUUCUUGCACGUACACACACCAAUAAUAUCAACAAGUGAUUGUGAGGGUGCCGGCGAGAUGUUCCAGGUCACCACCUUGUUCAGCCAGGCCGACAAGGUGGAGAAGGAGCUCAAAGAGAAUGGCGCCGCACCGUCAGAGGCCGACAUCGAAGCCGCGAAGCUCGUUGUGCGAGAGAAGGGAGACGCCAUUGCACGGCUUAAAGCAGCAAAAGUAGCUGGCAAGCAAGAGAUAAGCGCCGCUGUUUUGGAGCUUGAAAAGGCCAAAGAGAUUGUUUCCAGCCUUGAAGCAGAGAGGUUGAGACUGAGACCAGGGAUUCAACGCAAGGACGACGGAACUAUCUCUUUCGAGAACGAUUUCUUUAAGCGCCCGGCUUAUCUCACCGUCUCAGGCCAGCUUCAGGCUGAGACCUAUGCGUGCGCUCUCGGCAAGGUGUAUACCUUUGGACCAACGUUCCGGGCAGAGAAGUCACACACAUCAAGACAUCUGGCCGAGUUCUGGAUGGUCGAACCGGAGAUGGCGUUCGCCGACCUGCAAUAUGAUAUGGACUGCGCAGAAAGAUAUGUGAAACACCUCUGCAGGUGGAUACUUGAUCAUUGCCGAGAAGACAUGGAGUUCAUGGUCAACCAUCAUGAUAGGACUGCGAUUGAGCGUUUAGAGCUUGUUUCGGAGACGCCUUUCGAGCGCAUUUCAUAUACCAAGGCGAUCAAGAUAUUGGAAGAUGCAGAUAAGGAGUUCGAGAACAAGGUUGAAUGGGGAAUCGAUUUAGCGUCCGAGCACGAGAGGUAUUUGACUGACGUAGUAUUUGAGAAGCCAGUCAUUGUUUAUGACUAUCCAAAAGAAAUAAAAGCAUUCUAUAUGAGGCUCAAUGACGACCAAAAGACAGUAGCUGCCAUGGAUGUUCUUGUCCCCAAGGUUGGUGAAUUAAUUGGUGGAAGCCAAAGGGAGGAGCGUCUAGAUAUUCUUAAACAACGGUUAAUCGAUGGAGGUUUGGCUUUAGGGCCAUACGAGUGGUACCUGGAUCUUCGACGGUUUGCAACUGUCAAACAUAGUGGAUUUGGCAUGGGCUUCGAGAGAAUGCUCCUUUUUGCUACUGGCCUCGACAACAUCAGAGAUAUCAUCCCCUUCCCAAGAUGCCCUGGGAAGGCUGAUCUUUGAAAGG